AUGGCUAUGGUUCUACAAGCAAAUCGUGUGACAAACGGUAAUAGCAGCACGGUUCCAAUGGAUACAUGUAAGUCGCUGCAUCAUAAAUCUUCUUCAUCAACAUCAUCAACAUCAUCGCCACCACGUUCAGCAUCACCAAUAAAUAAUCAAGAAGAUAGUUUUCGUCGAAUGAUAUUUGAAAAAAUUGAAGAAGCAAAACGUGAUAUUGAUCCAAAAAAAUGUCGACAAAUAUUAGAUGAUUUAAUGAAAAUGUUAAAACAUCUUACAGCUGAUGUUAAUAAUUAUAAUUUAGCAUUUCGUGAAACACGACCACCUUUUUAUAUGCAAGAAUUUCAACGUUUAACUGAUCGUAUUGAUAUAUUAACAAAAGCUCGUGAUACAUUAACAGAAUAUCUUCAUGAAGUUAAAGAUCAAAAUAUUGACAGUGUAUUUGCAUAUACAUCAUCAAUAAAUGAUGUAUCAACAAUAAAUGGUCAAUUACAAUAUUCACCAUUAGAAAAAUCUCCUCAACAACAUAAAUUAUCAAUAUCAUCAAUUCAAACAAAUUCAAAAGAUAUACAUAUAAAUGAUUAUUCAGCAUUAAAUGAUCAACAAAAACAUUAUCAUAUUUAUCCAUCAUCACCUCCAAUAACAACAUAUAUUUUAUCACAACAAGCAAAUUAUUUUAAUCAACGAUCUCGUAGUCCAAGUAUGACACCAAGUAAUUUUAUUCGUGUUCAUUUUCCAAAUAAACACACAACAGCUCUUGCACCACGUAAUGAUGAAACACUUGAAGUAGCACUUGAAUCACGGGCGUCACGACAUUCCGUAACUAAUUUACGAGAAUAUACGCCAGUUUAUAUGAUAUCAAGGCAACCAUGUCCAUGGGAUAUAACUCUUGAUCGUGUCCUUGAAACUGAAAUUGAACUGGAAGAAAAAACAAAACUUGAUCAUUCAUUUGUUCGAAAAACAUUUUUUACAUUAACUUAUUGUGACGCAUGUCAUAAAUUACUAUUCCAAGGACUUCGAUGUCUUGUAUGCGGUUAUCGUAUACAUGCUCGAUGUAUUCGUAAAUCUCAUUCAUGUCGUUUUGAACCACGAGAUAUAUUUUAUCGGUAUUUUUCUCUAAAUAUAUCGCUUAUUUUUAUUUAUUGUGCUUUUAUUAUUGAAAAUAUCCCAACACCUCGCUUUCAUGUUUUUGGUGUUCGUUGUGUUGUCUGUCAUCAACGUAUCCGCGGAACUCAUAAACGUUGUGUUUCAUGUCGAAAUAAUUAUCAUAAUCAUUGUUAUAUGAAAGCACCUAUUUGUUCUCAUCCUAUUCUUCAACAUAUUAAACAUCCUGGUUCGAAUAGAUUUGAUAUAGAACGAAUAACAACACCAACAAAAAAUAAAGAACCAUCACGUAGUCUACCUCGUUUUCCAUUACCAAGAUCAAGUAUAAAUACAAAUCAUGGAGUUGCUGUUAAUGGACCAAUUAUCACUAGUACAGAAACUCUUCGACCUAGUAUGGUCAAACCAUCAAGUGAUAGUGUUAUUGAUAUAAAAAAACCACAUAAACACAUCAGUGAAUGGGAAAUUCGAGCAGAAGAUUUACUCAAUCGUGGACGUAUGGUUGGUCGAGGUACAUAUGGUACUGUUUAUAAAGCUGAAGUACGAUUACAUGGUUUAAUUGCACUUAAAGAGCUCAAUUUUGUUUCACCAACACCUAGUCAAUUUCAAGCAUUUCGAAAUGAAGUUAUUGCAUUGAAAAAAAUUACGCAUCAGAAUACAUUAAAUUUUUAUGGUUAUAUUCUUUCACCACGUUUUGCUAUUGUCACACAAUGGUGUGAAGGUUCAACACUUUAUAAACAUAUUCAUGUUCUUGAUCGUCAUUGGAAAAUAAACCAAUUAAUUGAUAUAGCAAGACAAAUAUGUCAGGGAAUGUCAUAUCUACAUGAUCGUGGAAUAAUUCAUCGUGAUCUUAAAUCUAGUAAUGUCUUUUUGGAUAUGUGUUCUGAACCAGAUGAUGUUACAGUUUCUUGUCGUGUUAAAAUUGGUGAUUUUGGUUUAGCAGCUGUUAAAACUGUACUUACUGAGAGUGUUAAUCAACAAUUUCAACCAACUGGUUCAGUACUUUGGAUGGCACCCGAAGUCAUUCAACAAAAAGAUCCUAAUUGUUAUUCCACAAGUGCUGAUAUAUAUGCAUAUGGAUGUGUUUUAUUUGAAAUGUUUAGUGAAAAAUUACCACAUACACCAAUAACCAAUAAAGAACAAAUAAUGUGGCUUGUUGGAAAAGGAAGAUUAAAAUUAAAAGUUGAACAAUGUCGUGAUGAUACACCAACAGCUAUAACUAAUCUUAUUCGACAAUGUACAGAAUUUGAUCAUGAAAAACGACCUAAUUUCGCACCUGAGAUUGAUGAUACAUUAUCAAAAUUUGAAUGUAUAUUUCCAUGUAUACAACGUUCACAAUCAGAACCAUGUUUAAUACGUACACAUCAAGAUGAUUUACUUGGUUUAUCAAUACAUUUUGGUGUACCAAAAACACCUGUAUCAAUUCAUCGACGUUUUAAUGCUGAAGUAUCAUGA